GGGCCGAGAGGCGGCGGCGGUGUAGGGGGCGGAGAGCGAGGAGCGCGGCGGGACGGGGCCCGGGCGGCGCGUACUCUGGGCGGUGGGAUUCUCCCGGCGUCGGCGGUGGUAGCCGCUGCCGCUAUCGUACCAGGUUUCUGCGAGAUAACCAUUGACACCAUGAAUUGGAAUAAAGGUGGCCCUGGCAUGAAGAGGGGAUUUGGCUUUGGAGGUUUUGCCAUUAGUGCCGGAAAAAAGGAGGAACCAAAACUCCCACAGCAGUCCCACAGUGCCUUUGGGGCAACUGGCUCUUCUUCAGGAUUUGGAAAGUCGGCUCCACCGCAGCUCCCUUCUUUCUACAAAAUUGGAUCUAAGCGGGCCAACUUUGAUGAAGAAAAUGCAUAUUUUGAAGAUGAGGAAGAAGAUUCUAGCAACGUUGAUCUGCCUUACAUUCCUGCUGAAAACUCACCUACCCGCCAGCAAUUCCAUUCUAAGCCAGCAGAUUCUGACAGUGAUGAUGACCCGUUGGAGGCAUUCAUGGCUGAAGUGGAGGAUCAGGCAGCUAGAGACAUGAAGAGGCUUGAAGACAAGGACAAGGAAAGAAAAAACGUAAAGGGUAUUCGAGAUGACAUUGAAGAGGAAGAUGACCAAGAAGCUUAUUUUCGAUACAUGGCAGAAAACCCAACUGCUGGUGUCGUUCAGGAGGAGGAGGAAGAUAAUCUGGAGUAUGAUAGUGAUGGAAAUCCAAUCGCACCUUCCAAAAAAAUCAUUGAUCCUCUUCCUCCCAUUGAUCAUUCAGAGAUUGACUAUCCACCAUUUGAAAAAAAUUUUUACAAUGAACAUGAAGAGAUAACCAAUCUCACCCCCCAGCAGUUAAUAGAUCUUCGGCAUAAGCUCAAUCUUCGGGUCUCUGGUGCUGCGCCUCCUAGACCAGGAAGUAGUUUUGCGCAUUUUGGGUUUGAUGAACAACUUAUGCACCAGAUUCGGAAAUCUGAGUACACACAGCCCACUCCAAUACAGUGCCAGGGUGUGCCUGUGGCAUUAAGUGGUAGAGACAUGAUUGGUAUUGCCAAAACAGGCAGUGGGAAAACUGCUGCCUUUAUAUGGCCCAUGUUGAUUCAUAUAAUGGACCAGAAGGAAUUGGAACCAGGUGAUGGACCAAUUGCCGUGAUUGUAUGUCCUACUAGAGAGCUUUGCCAGCAGAUCCAUGCAGAAUGUAAGCGGUUUGGGAAAGCGUAUAACCUUCGCUCGGUGGCCGUGUAUGGAGGAGGGAGCAUGUGGGAGCAGGCCAAGGCCCUUCAGGAAGGGGCGGAGAUUGUCGUGUGCACCCCAGGUCGACUGAUUGAUCAUGUGAAGAAGAAAGCUACCAAUCUUCAAAGAGUCUCUUACCUUGUGUUUGAUGAAGCAGAUCGAAUGUUUGACAUGGGUUUUGAGUACCAGGUGCGAUCCAUAGCAAGUCACGUCCGUCCUGACAGACAGACUCUCUUAUUCAGUGCAACUUUUCGGAAGAAGAUUGAAAAAUUGGCCAGAGACAUCCUGAUUGAUCCUAUUCGAGUAGUGCAGGGAGAUAUUGGAGAGGCAAAUGAAGAUGUGACACAGAUUGUGGAGAUUCUCCAUUCUGGGCCCAGUAAAUGGAACUGGCUUACCCGACGUCUGGUGGAGUUCACUUCUUCAGGAAGUGUCCUCUUGUUUGUUACUAAAAAAGCCAACGCUGAAGAGCUAGCCAAUAACCUUAAGCAGGAAGGUCAUAAUCUUGGGCUGCUCCACGGGGACAUGGAUCAGAGUGAAAGAAACAAGGUCAUUUCGGACUUUAAGAAAAAGGACAUCCCAGUUCUGGUGGCCACAGAUGUUGCAGCCCGUGGUCUGGAUAUUCCUUCAAUUAAGACAGUCAUUAACUAUGAUGUGGCACGAGACAUUGAUACCCAUACUCACAGGAUUGGCCGCACAGGACGAGCGGGUGAGAAGGGUGUGGCCUACACCUUGCUGACCCCCAAGGACAGCAAUUUUGCUGGUGAUCUUGUCCGGAACUUGGAAGGAGCCAAUCAGCAUGUUUCCAAAGAACUCCUAGAUCUGGCAAUGCAGAAUGCCUGGUUUAGGAAAUCCCGUUUCAAAGGAGGAAAAGGCAAAAAGCUGAACAUUGGUGGUGGAGGCCUAGGCUACCGGGAGCGACCUGGCCUGGGCUCAGAGAACACGGACCGAGGAAAUAACAACAACGUCAUGAGCAAUUAUGAGGCCUACAAGCCUUCCACAGGAGCCAUGGGAGAUCGGCUGACAGCAAUGAAAGCAGCUUUCCAGUCACAGUACAAGAGUCACUUUGUUGCUGCCAGCCUAAGCAAUCAGAAGGCUGGGAGCUCUGCUGCUGGGGCAAGUGGAUGGACUAGUGCUGGGAGUCUGAAUUCUGUCCCAACCGGUUCAGCCCAGCAGGGUCACAACAGCCCUGACAGCCCCCUCGCCAGUGCUGCCAAGAGCAUACCAGGCUUUGGCAAUACUGGGAACAUCAGCAGUGCUCCAGUGACCUACCCUUCUGCUGGAGCCCCAGGAGUCAACAACACAGCUCCAGGGAAUAACAGCCGAGAAGGGAUUGGGGGAGGCAAUGGGAAAAGAGAGAGAUAUACUGAGAACCGGGGUGGCAGCCGCCAUAGCCAUGGAGAGAGUGGCAAUCGGCAUGGCGACAGCCCACGACAUGGAGAUGGUGGUCGCCAUGGUGAUGGAUACCGCUGCCCAGAAAGCAGCAGCCGUCAUGCUGAUGGCCAUCGGCAUGGGGAGAACAGGCAUGGAGGAAGUGGAGGCCGACAUGGGGAGAGCCGGGGCGCAAAUGAUGGUCGGAAUGGUGAAAGCAGGAAAGAAGGUUGUAAUCGUGAGAGCAAGAUGGACCCCAAGGUGGAGAGCAGCAAGAUGGAUAAGAUGGACAACAAGACAGAUAAAACAGCUGAUGGUUUCGCUGUCCCUGAGCCACCCAAACGCAAGAAAAGUCGAUGGGACAGUUAGAGGGUAUGUGCUGAAAUGUGAAAUCAGUCGUCUUUAAUUUUAUUUUUAGAAAGAUUUUGGUAACUAGGUGUCUCAGGGCUGGGUUGGAGCCCAGGGUCUGAGGACUUCCUGCCCUUAGUGGAGCUGGAGCUUGGAGACAUUACUAUUUCUUCGUCUGAAUCAUUUUACUAUUUCUUCAUCUGAAUCAUUUUUCUAAUGUUCCUUGGGAAGCUGUUUUGGUCCUUGGAAACAGUGAGAGCUGGGAAGCUUUUGGCUCUGGGUGUGUUGUUAUGAGAGUCAGUAGCGGAUACCUUGGAAAGAAAGGAUCUUAUAGGGCACAACUCACUCUAGGUUUAUACGUAGCUUGUAUUUUCUACUAAAACGUCACCUAUAAACAUCUACAAAGUAGAAUUUUUUCCUAGUCCUAUAGCCAGGCAGCCCCCUUUUUAGGAGGUGGCUUCUGCAGACGCAGUCCACUGAGGUCAGGGAUGAGGUGGGAAGCAAUUUGGUGGCUCCAGACGUUGCGGGGAAGGGGGAGGAGGGCAUCAGAUUCUCAGUGGGGUCCAUGCCCAGGCUUGUGUCUGGCCCUGAGACAUGUAGGCAGUGGCAGCCUUCCAGAAGGAGGUUUUGAGGUUCCCAGAGCCGCUGUGACUGAAGGGGAGGAGGUGGUCCUGGAAAUUGUUCUAGGAUGUGGUCUGACAUGUUGCUAAUUUUAAAAUUUAAGUGUCUUCUAUUUCAUUGUAUUUUUUUGUAACUUGCCACAUACUAGAAAAAUCUUUUGCUGAAAUGAUUUUGAUGAUUUUUGUUCUAUCUUGUUUAUACAAGGAAAAGAAAUAUACAAAAUUCAAAUUUUGUGACUUUGUGAAGGUUUCUUUAAAGAUGUGCAUUCUUUUUUGCUUGCUCUAGUAAAUGUUUUACUACUGGGACCUGUGGAUUGUUUGUCAUUUCUACUCAUGCUGAGUUCAAAACCUAUUAAAUAUGAUUUAGAACAGUGGGGCACACAGUGUGAACACUCAGAAUGUAGGCUUUUUUCACCUAAUAGCAGCAGACUGGGGGGAGA